AUGUCCGAAAGAAAAGUUAUUAACAAAUACUAUCCACCUGACUAUGAUCCAGCCAAGGUGGCCAAAGUGAAGAAACCGAUCAAAACGGGGUUUGCGGCGUUGCCGACGGUGCGAUUGAUGAUACCCUUCUCCAUGAAGUGCACCAAGUGCCUGGAAUACAUUGCACGGAUGAAAAAGUUCAACGCCAGGAAGGAAACCACCAAGGAAACGUAUUUGGGGGCCAAGAUCUACCGUUUUUACCUAAAGUGCCCCCAGUGCUACAACGAAAUCACAUUCAAGACCAACCCCAAGGACGGAAACUACUUGCCCGACAAGGGUUGUAUCAAGCUAUAUGAGUCUGCACUGGAGCCCAGCGUGGAGGCCCAGAGUAAAGUCGAGUCGAUGGAUGAUAUUCUAGAGCGCUUGGAAAACGAAGACAAGGAAGAUAAAAACUACAAAGAGGAGCAGAAACUCCGGGCAAAGAACAGCGGUAUGUUACCCGCGCCCAAAUUGAAAGACCAGGAGGGAGACCUAAUGGAGAAUAUGGAAGCGAGAUUGGACCAACAACAGCACGAGCAGGAUGUGAUGGACCAGUUAGAGGAGAUCCAGGAACGGAACGCCAGGGUUUCGGCCAAUACCGAAGCCAACGUGCUUCAGCAGAUGCGGUCGGCCGUUAAAGAGUCUCAGAUAGCCGUAGGCCAGCGUGAUGAUGAGAUUGCAAAACUAGCGUUCCAGACUAAAAGCAGCGCUGAGACCCCGGUGAGCUUUAGGCCUAAACCGUUUAGGGUCAACAAACCUAGCGUUUUGGGGUUGAAGAAAAAAGGAAGUGCGUUGGGGGUUAUCGUGAAACGAAAGGCUUAA